AAGUGUAUACCAUUGCGUGGAGACAUAAUACAUAUAAGAGUUGUGCCAAAUACUACUGAUAAUUGAGCCAUAAAUUAAUGCUUUGCAGCCUUACUAUUAUGCAGGGUUAUAAGUUUGAUUGAUACAGCACUGUGUUUAAGUGGAAGGGGUAGCUCGGGUUGUGCCUGGUCGAGCAGCUAGCAGCCGGAACGGGGAAGAACCUCGUGUGUCUACCUUCUCUGUCUUCUGCUUACUGUUACAGUAUACAGUAUACAGUAUUAGUACAGAGUAUACUGUUGUUAGUUGUUCGAUUUAGUUUCAGCUGGUAGUACCUCAGAACGAACUUACAUAUAUUUACUUGUUCUCAGUGUAUAUAAUUAUUAUUGUUAUUAUUAUUUAUACUAUUAAUAUUUUAAUUCCGCAAUGUUAUUACUGUACUCAUCGGUUGACGACGACGAUGAUGAUGAUAGUUUAAAUGCCGAGACUUGUGUCAACUUUGCCUUUUAAUUAGUUAUUCAAACCAGUUUAAUUUAUAAAUAAUAAUCAAUAUUUAAAUAAAUAAUUAAUAAUAAUCAAUAGAAAAACAAGUUAACUGUGAUUAGCGCUUUUAAAUGGUAAGCUUAGAAUAAUAUUACAUUUAUGAACAAUGGCAAAAGACCAAAUUAAUAAGACGUUAAAUUAAUUAUAGGUAAUUAAUUAUUGUUGUAAUAUAAAAAAUUGAUUUGUUAAAAAAAAUCACGUGUAGAGGUCCAGGUGGACCUGGUGAACUGGCCAGUGAUAGUACAUGCUUAAUUUUGUGGUUUUACAGUGAGUCAAUUUAUUGUCAUUUUGCGGAGACUGUUUCCAAGUGGUGGUGGUGGUGGUGGUGGUGGUGGUGGUGUAUCCUCAUUGCAGUUUAUUUUAUUAUUGUAAUGUUAGGAGUACUCAAACGGCGUUGGAAGCCUUCUAAAAGGUCAUCCAAUGGACGGGGAACUGAGUCAUCGAUUAGCUCAGAUUUUGUUUUGGAUAAACCUCGGUCUGUUCCUUCACCGAGACAAAUUCAUCCCCUGUACGGUGAAAAGGCAGGUCUUUUAGGAUAUUAUGAUACCGUUGGUAAUACAGAAAAUUUUCCACCAGCCCCUAAUAUCGUUGUUGAGGGUGGUAGAAUCGAGUUUGUACGGCCUUCACAGGAGGGCACUACCAACAGAAAAAAUGCUGUAUCUCGGGGUUCACAAACCUGUAUUGAGCAACCAGAAAAAUCUGAUCCUGCUAAGGAGAGUCUAGAGGAAAGAGUAAAAGAAUUGGAAAAAAUUUUAGAAAAUGAGCGAGCAGCAGCCCAGCGUGAUCGUGCAACUAUUACUAAACUACAAUUGAAGAGAGAGGCGACACAACGAGAUGUGGAACGGGAACGUCGCCUUAAAUUGGAAGCCGAAUCUCGGGCACGAGAAGCUAUGGCUGAAACCGAACGCACUCGAGCGAAAGUUCAUCAUCUUCAACGCGAAUUUUCAAGGAUCGAAGAGUCAUCUAGAGGAUUACUACAACAAAAGCAAAAGAUAGAACAGUUAAAACAAGAAAAAACAGCGCUUACAAUUUCAUAUGAGACGCGCGUACAUCAAUGUCAAACUCAAAUAUCAAAGCUUCAAUUAGAAAAUGAAUCAAUGCGAGGACAACUGAGGGGAUUGGAAGCUGCUUGUGCUGGAGAAGUCCAUGCUACUGUUGUUGCUAGACUGGCAACUUUGGAGACUGAACACGUAGCUCUUGCUAGAGACGCUGAUGCUCAAAGAAGACAAUAUGAAAGGUGUCUUGAUGAUGUUGCUAAUCAAGUAGUUCGGGCAUUGCUCUCUCAAAAGGGUUUGAGAGAAGAAAUAGGAACAUUAAAAAGACGUAUACGUGAAUUAGAAACCCAAAAUCGAGCGCUUUCUGGACUAAUAGCUCAUACGACAACGAAAACAAAAUCAUCGACUCCAUCUAAUGGAAUAAAAAGUACAACAAAUAGUAAAUCAUCAUCUGAAUUCAUCAGAGGUAUAAUCGAAGCAGGGCCUAAUGGAUUAGUUGCUGCUCUAGGAUUUGACAGUGGUGGUGGUGGUGGUGGUGGUGGUGGAGGAUCUUCUUGGAUUCCUUUACCAAGACCAAGAUCACUUAAUCUUAAAAUACCAACUGUUAUGGCUGGUAAAUAUCGACGCAAUCGAUCAAUAGGUCAAAAACAGGUAUCUGAAGAAGAGUGUAGUUCAAGUCCUGAAAGUGUUAACAGAGACGAAGGAUAUUCGACAAUGUCAUCAGACGUACAGGGUGAUGGAGCUCGAGGCCAAGAGCCAACACGAGGAUUAGAAGAUCUUAAAGAAGCAACCGACGAGACUGAAGGUGAUUUAUCGACGGAUGUACGGCUUGUUGCUUUAGAUACUGCUGGUGAUCCGGACAUAAUUUUUCUUCCUCUAAAUCUAACUGUUGGAAUAAAUCAAAGACACAGUUAUCCUCCCUCUAAACAAUUACUUCCUUAUCAACAUGUUAUGAGAAGUUUUUCCGACAGUCAUCUUUAUCUUAAAUUGACCUCUACAAUUUCUUCUACUUCUAAUUCACCUUGCUGCAAUAUUCAAACUCCUGUUGAGUCAUCCUCGUUGUUUGUUGUUGAAGAAGACGGAUGGGAUACCGAUUACGUCCAACAAUGGCUCAGGUUAGAUGAUACGAGAAGUGCUCAACAGAACCGUGAUCUCUUUGAAUUAGAGUAUGACAGAGCUGAGUUAGAAGAUUGGAGUUUUUCAUUGUCAACCGAGGAUUUAACAAGUGAGUCAUCAUCAUCACUAAUUUGGAAAGAAGAAAAUCGUAAUCCUAUUAUAUCAUCAACACUUGCAGCUAUCAAAGAACACAAUCCGAUUGAAUUAGAAGAGGACGCCAAUGAAUUUUUAUGGAAUGGAGCUAGUUAUUUAGCUGACCGAACUGGUGGAGAAUUGGUUGCACUUUUAAUGGAUGCAAGAGCAACAGGUCCUUGGCCUUAUGCUUCUAGCCCCGGGGCAUCUUGGAGUAGUGCCGAAGAAGGUAUUCCUGAAAGCUCCAGUAAGAGAUCGUCAGCUGCGUUAUCUGGUUGUGGGAGCGAUGAUCCUGAUUCCCCCUCUAUCGGAACAGACUUUACUCGUGAUUUUUAUCGGCUAGUCAAAUUUGAAAGUACCAAAAGCCUUGCCAGUACGUCUUCCAAAAGUGGCAAACCCUUUCUGCCAGAUCGAGAUCAAGCGCUACACAGUGUCUUAUCUUUUAUUGCAGAGCAACAAAUGUACCUCACUGAAAUGCCAAAUAAUUCUGAUAACAAAAAAUUUGAUCAACCUCAAAUUCAAGUUCUAGACUAUGAUUGUAAUGACAAAAAUGAUUCAACUGUAACGACAACAACAACAACAACAACAACAACAUCAUCAUCAUCAUCAUCAUCAACGACAAGUGUACAAGGGUCAAUCUACGGAAGUACUUUACUAGGUAGUUUAUUAUCGCUGAGCUGUUUGCCAAAGACAUUUGGAGAACCUUUUGAUUUUUUCAACGACAAGCCAUUGAUCCAACCGACAAUAACAACCACUGAAGGAAACAUAUGGACAGCAAUGAACGCUCUUUGCGAGUCGUUGUACAAAGUUAUCCAUUGUUUGUUAAAAUGUUCUUCAGAGGUAAGACACUUGACUCUUGAUUGGAUUGGUAAAUGUUUGCAAGCGAAUGCCAGUCGUGGUAAACUCUGGAAUAAUUCCCAAACAAGUAUUGGUGGAAAUGGACUCUCACCGUUGGUAGUUUCUGAUGGUUUUAUGCUGAACCUUGGUAAUGUUUUGCUGAGACUAUGUCAGCCGUUUUGUACAUUAAAAAAAACUCCUAAAAUAGAUCCUACUUAUUGUGCGGCAGCUAUUGAAACAUUGACUGAAGAUGAACGACGGACAAGAGGUAUUCAUCUGGUGGGUAUUAACAAAGAAACAUGUCUUAUUCCAUCUACGACAAUAAUAACUAUCGCUGAUGAUGAUGGUGAUAAUAAUAGUACUAGUAGUAGUAGUAGUGAUGAUGAUGAUGAUGAUGAUAAAUCUGAUACAAUUGCAGCUAGUAGUACAUUUGGAUUUGUUACUGAAUGUUUUUAUUUGACCCACAGGGCGUUAGAUUUAGGUUAUCGUGUUGUUCUUGAUAAAUUGAUGAAGACAAAUCAAGAGUUAGCACGAAUACAAAGAAUUUACAAUGACGCACAAGCAAGCUCAAACUCGGAAGUAUUUCAAGUAAUUACUCAGCGCAUGGAAAUGGAAAUGACGAAAUAUUUAUCAUACCGUGCCAGUUUGUUGGCUCCAGAAUUAUUGAAUUUACUAGCAAAGUUUCACGCAACUACCGCUUUUUGGUUAAUGCAAGUCAACAUCAACAUUCCCACCAAUUUAAAUGAUAAUUUAAUUAACAAUAAAAAAAACAAUAAUAAUGAUAAUGAAAAAAAUUUAAUGAAAAAAAAUUUAAACUUUUUAGAUCAAGAACCAAAACUUGUGACAUUCCCACUUCCAGAGACUGUACCAGAAACUCUAAAGUAUAUACCCGAAUUUAUAGUAGAAAAUACUAUCGGAUUUAUUUGUUUUUUACGUCGUUUUAAUCCAAAUACAUUUGAAGAACAGGGUGAAAAUUUUUUAAACCCAAUACUAACAGAAAUAAUAGUCCUGAUGGAAUCACCAAAACGAUUGUUUAAUCCUCAUCUUCGUGCUCAGCUUGCUGAAACUUUGGAAGCACUUUUGCCCAAUACAUCACCAUUGUCUUAUACAGAUGAUUCUGAAUCAAGAUUGGUUGAUGGGAAUGAUAAUAAUGACGAUGAUAAUGAUAAUGACGAUGAUAAUGAUAAUGGUGAUGAUGAUGAUGAUGGUGAUGAUGAUGAUGAUCAUCAUCAUCAUCAUCAUCAUCAUAACGAUGAAGAUGGUGUUAGUGCUUUUAUUGAUUAUGAUGACGAUGAUGAUUAUAGUUUUUCUCAGCGUCAACGACAGCAACAACCAUAUUUAUCGACUCUUGGAACAUUCAACAGAGAAAAAUUGUUUAUAAAUCAUCCUCACUGUAAUCAGAUAGUAAAAAAUCUUAUGGAGGUAUUUGUGAGCAUUGAAAUGACCGGUCAAAGUGUUCAAUUUGAGCAAAAAUUCAAUUACCGUCGUCCUAUGUACACUGUUAUGAAAUAUUUAUGGAAAAUAAAACAACAUCGUGAUAAUUUCAAGCGGCUUGCCAAAGAAGCUGAAGACAAUAUGGAAGCCGUAAAGCCACCGUUGUUUUUGCGUUUUAUUAAUUUAUUAAUGAACGACGCGGUAUUUUUGUUGGACGAAGCCUUAUCAAACAUGGCGCAGUUGAAGCAAAUGUUGAGAGCUCGAGAAAAUGGUGAAUGGGACAAGCUACCAGCUCACGAACGGGAUCAAAAAAUAAGUUACUUGCAUCACAUUGGCAUGACAGCAAGGUUUGACAAUAUUCUUGGUCGUGAAACUAUAUCAACUUUUAAAAUGUUAACGUCCGAAAUAAAAUCAAUUUUUUGUCACUCGACGAUGGUUGAUCGUAUAGCAUCGAUGUUAAACUACUUGCUGCUUGAACUAGUUGGCCCGAAUAAAAAAAACUUUAAAGUAAAAGACCAAAAGGAAUAUGAAUUCAAUCCAGCAAAAUUAGUUUUAAACAUUUGUGUUAUAUAUAUUAAUCUCGGUAGCAACAGUAAUUUCACCCUGGCAGUUUCACAAGAUGGACGAUCCUACCGUGAUAAUCUAUUCAAGCUUGCUGAAAGUGUUUUGGUAAGGAUUGGCGGUAUCAGUAUUCUCGGAGAGUUGAAUAAUUUAGCCGUUAGAGUUUCUAAUGCUGCUGCUAUUAAGAAACAAGAGGAAGAAAUUCUUACAGAUGCGCCUGAUGAAUUUUUGGAUCCAAUUAUGUCAACGCUGAUGGUUGAUCCAGUUAUAUUGCCAUCAUCAAAAAUAUCCGUAGACCGUCAAACAAUUGCUAGACAUCUGCUGAGUGACCAAACGGAUCCAUUCAAUCGUUCACCUCUCACUAUGGAUAUGGUGAAACCGGAUGUUGAUCUUUACAAUAGAAUUCAAGAGUGGAUAUCGUUAAAAAAACAACAACAACAACAACACACGACAUAAAAAAUAA